AUGUCAAGGCAUGAUCAAUGGCUCUUACACUCGCCUCAACAUAAAAAUGCAGUACUGAGUGAGCCUAUAGGCCAAUAUGUGUUGCCCGCUGUGAAUAGCGAAACAGCAUCGUUGCUCUCAGGUUCAGGUUCAUCCAUCUAUGCAGAGUCGAUUGCAGGCGUACCUAGCAUGAGUGGCACUUCACGAAUGCGAGCAGCACCCGCGAUUACAUCUGGGCUAAAAACUGUUCACACAUACACAGGAGCGAACGAUACACUCUUUGUACAGUUGCAGACUCCGCCUCAGACCUCUCCUACCUUCAUGGGUGGAUCGAAGCAACGAGGAAAUGGGGCAGUUACAGGUCGGGUGAUCUUGCGUUGUACAGAGAAGCUGAAGGCGACAGAGCUUCGGCUUAAACUGAAGUGUGUCGUUGCUAUUAUGGCUCCUAGAGCUUCACAAGCCACGAACGGAAAUAACACGAAUUUUUCUGGGCUUACUCCUUCUUCGACAUCCACAUCAUCGCGUGAGCAAGUUCUUGUGCAACUUGAUCAUCGCUUCUUACCAUCAAACGCAAAAUAUAGCGCAUCUAAAGAUGCCGCAUCAACAAAUAAUACGACGGGUCGAUUGGACCGGAAAGGAUAUUAUGAAUGGGACUUUCGGAUCGACAUUCCUGAACGAGGCACCACGAAGGGCUGGCACUCCAACGAAUUUCCAGGAAUAGGAACCUAUUAUCCUUCAAGCUAUGUUUUGGAAAGUGAAAAAAAUAAAGUUGGCAAAAGCGAAGAAUGGGCUAGUGUAAAAUGGUAUCUGAAGUUUACAGUGGAAAGGCCUGGUUUGUUCCGCACGAACGACCGUGUCUUGAUCCCAUUUAUUUAUCUGCCACCCCCGCCUGAAAAUGUAAGCUCUCUUUUAAUAAGAAGACAAGCUCUAUCCUCUCAAACUCAAAAUUUAGUGAGUACCAUUUCGGGACCAGUAAUUCUCCCAAAAAGUUUGGCUGAGCCGGCAUCAUCUUGGAAAACUUAUUACUUUCCUUUGUCUCAGUUGGCAUUAGGGCAACCUAUUAAGCGUUCUUUGGUGGACAAAAUGUUUGGUUCAAAGAAGCCCAAAGAAGAACGAUGGGGCAUUUCAUUUCCUGGAAAUCCCAUGGCGACCUUCCCGUUACGCUCAGUGGUCCCUUUCGUACUAACUCUUGUUCACAGUGCAGGGAUUCCUCUGGUUGUACAUCCCUGCGUGAGCUUGAUUCAGAAGGUUCAGCUUCGUGGCAGACAUGUUGCUUCACAUAUUCAAACCAUCGCGCAUGCAAAAGUAUUCCCAUCACCUCUUAACAAGUCGGGCAUGCAGCAAUGGUUUGGUCAUGUUCAAUUCCCAAAAUGGUGCAGUCCGAGCUUCGAAACAGCGUUACUGGGACUUGAGUAUUACAUCCAGGUCAAACCUUUAAAUGCACCAGAGUCACAUGUCCUUCAAACGAUUCCUUUAGGUUUGUACUGUAUGCCUCCACGGCUUAUGCAGACUCUUCGAUCGAGCACGAUUACACAAAGCAUGUCUCAAGCACCCUCCCGACGAGGCUCAACUGUUACGGACAUCUCAAGUGGUGGUAUGGCUAAUUCUGGAUCUACUCCUCGUCGACGAGUUCCCCCCGUCCCUUCUACCCCUAGCCCUUCCACAACGUUAAUCCCCUCAGGAAUGACACCAAUGCCAGUGCCCCAUGUACCUGCUGCCAUGCCUGCCCAAGAUCCACACGCUGCUGGAAUGGCGGGUAUUGGCCGCUCACACUUGUUGGAGGCACGUGUUGAUGGGCAAACAUCAGGAAUGCCGCUGCCCGUUGAAUCACGGCCUUCAUUGCCGGCGUCAGCCCUUGCAUCGCAACAAACACAGCAAGAUCAGGCACUUGAGCCUACGACUACGAGAGCAAAUCUACCGAACUUUGACCGUGAAGAACAAUCCCGUGACACACAAUCAAUUUAUCCGCAAUUGACGGAAACUACAGGCGACACAGUCAGUGUCCAAGGCCCCCACAUCAAUGACGAUGUAUCCCUCCACGAAGGCACCCAACCAAUGAUACCUGAUGAUGCAUCCAGCGAUGGAUUGGUUCAUGAUGCAGGUCCACUUACGCAAGAGCAAGAAAAUGCUUGGACUAUGGAUAUUUUGGCUAAUGCAAUCAAUGAAGACGAUGUCGCUGCCGGGUUUGAUUUGCCGCCUUCGUACUUUGAGGCAACUGGAAUUCUAGAUCAUGAAGAGUCAUAG